CGAAAAUAAAAAUAAAUGCUGAAUCGCAAAAUAAGGAGCCUCUAAAGAUGAAUGAUGUUACACCAGUCAAAGAAAAAGAAAGCAGAAAACCCAUAAAAAGAAAAAGAAAUGCUGAAUUGCAAAAUAAGAAGCCUCUAAAAAUGAAUGAUGUUACACCACCAGUCAAAGAAAGAGAAAGCAGAAAACCCAAAAAAGGGAAAAUAUAUGCUGAUACACAAAUUAAUGAGCCUCUAAAGACGGACGCUGUUACACCAGUCAAAGAAAGGGAAUGCAGAAAAUCCACAAAGGGGAAAAGUUAUGUUGAUAAUAAUGAGCCUCUAAAGAUGGGUGGUCUUACACCAGUAAAGGUGAAAGUAAGUAGAAAACCUACACAAGGGAAAACAUCUUACAGAAGUCAGAGGUGGGCUAACCGAACUAGGUACCUACAAGACAAUAGACAAAGUACAACUAUUUCAACAGAAAUGCUCAGUUAUUUGAGGAAAGGUAGAUGUAUCUCCUCAAAAACUAUUUCUUGUUAUCAUUGUCAUGUAUCCUUUAAAGCAGGACAUUUGAAGCGACAUUUAUUCCAAUAUUGUAAGGGUAUCUCAAAUGAUCAAAAAUUGAAAUACAAGCUCAUGAAGACUGGACAAGUGAUUGUGUCUGAAGAAAUGCUAGAAAUAGUGCAAGGUAAUUCUUAUUCAAAGGUACUGACUCAAUGUCUCCAUUGUGAUUGUAUGUUACAAGUACGUCGUAUCAAGCAACAUAUCUACAAAUACUGUAAAAAUAUCACAGAUAACCUGAGAAUGGAAUAUAAGAAAUUGUGGACAAGAUCUCUUGAUAAGAAGGACAAGACUAAGAAAAGAGAAUCGUCAGAUAGAACUAUAAAGAACAAAGUUGUAACUGAUGCAAGGGAUAUCAUAUCUGUUGAUGAAAUUGAUGAGGAAGGUAGCAAAGAAGCAGGUCAAAUUUAUGAUGGGAAAACAGCUGCUGAUCUUGACACCAGUGAAGAGAUACAUGUCAGUGAAAAUAAUGAACAGAUCAUAAGUGACCUACCUGAUACCAAUGCAAUACAUUGUACUGAUGUUCAGGAGAAAGAUGCUGAUAUGAUUGACAUUGAGUCAACUACAGAAUUUUCUGUUACCUCUGUUGCCCCAAAAAGAAUCAAAAGGAGUACCGUUACACAAACCUUGCCAUUGAGCACUACUGUUCACUCAAAUGAACAUAGGUCCGAAAAAUGUGAAAAAGUCUCUGAUAAGGAGCACAAUGUCUGUAAAAGGUAUAAUACACAGAAAAGAGGAAGACGAUUUACACACAGAGUACCUACUAAAAGGGUAGCUGCUAAAUAUAGCCUAGGAAAUAUAUUAGGAAACCCUGAAAAGACAGAUGGAAAUAAAAACAUAGUUAAAAGUGUAGAAACAUCGCUUACAACCGUUAGUGAAGAAACUAAAACCUCAGAUGAUGCUUACAACCAAUUAGAUGGCAGGCAAGAGAUGGUAGGAAAACAGACACUCCAAAUACCAGUUAAAUUCCUUGAACCAGGAAACCUUGAUAAGAAGGAAGAUGAAAAUUGCAACAGAAUUGAAAGUGAAGAAACAUCUUCUCUUUCAACAUUAGCACAAGUAUGUGAAGAAACCGAAACUAGACCUGGUGCUGACAAUCAAUCAGAUAGUGAGAAAAAAAUAGUGGGGGAAGAAAUUUUUCAAACCUCGAGUAAAGCAAUUGAAGUACAGCCUAAUUUGAAUCAAAGAAGUGGUAAUACUGAUGAAGAGAGAACACACACACUACUUGUAAUUCCACCUGGCCAAAAAAGGGAAAAACUUACAGAAGAUGAUGUGAGCACAUUUGAUACUAAAGAUGAUGCACCUGUGCCAAAGGUGGACCGACAUGAAGUACAUCUGUUAAAUGAAGAUAAAAUGGCUGUAAUUGAGGGGACUGUUAACUCUGUCAAUUCUGCUGAAGAAAACGUAAACAAAAGUAAACAGGACCUAUCUGAUGAUGACAGCAUGAAAAUUGAUGAAAUUAAAGUUCAUGGUGCCCAAUCUACUAAAAAUGAACCAAGCUCUCUUGAUGAUCAACAGCAGGAUGAUAGUGUCAUAUAUGUGGACACAGUCAAGAGAAAGGCACAAGACCAAAACUUAUUGAAUGAAAGGAUGCAUACAAAGAGGCCAAGAAGGCUAUUGGCUAAGGCUAUUGAUAGAAACAGAAAUGCAAAAACAAUAAACAGAAAAGGAACAUCACUUAGUGCUGAUUAUCCAUCCAAAUGUGCAUAUGUACUCAGGCCAAGGGGUAAGGAUGAUAAAAAAGCCCAAAUCAAAGAUUUAAAGCAUCAAGGAUCUAAAAGUGUUCAACCCAUCUCUAAACCCUUAUCAUCCUCGUCACCAUCACAAAGCCUAUCUGCAAUACAACAAACAUAUGACCAAAGCACAUCAAGGCUAGGGAGUUCUGCUGAGCAUAAUCAGCUUGUAACCAACCAGCAACAGAUAAGUGCACAACAUACUCACCAAAUAAAUGUACAACAGCAAAUCGGACACCAAAUGAAUGCACAGCCAGGACUAGUUCAACUCCCUAUUACGAACCCUGUAAUAAACAAUGUUGAUAUGAAUCCUUACAAGUUGUAUAGCAGAAUUCAGCCGAACAUGAUGAUACCCCAACCCUUGUAUGGGGGAGCAACAAAUGUUCAGCCAUCUCUAAUAAAGGUACCUAAGAAUACCAAAGUUAUAGUUCUGCCCUAUGGUAGUAGGAUCAGUCCAGCUCACACAACCUCACAUGCUACCACAUCUAUGCCAGGUGUUGUCAUGCAUAUUCCUAUACUUGAUGCAAAUACAUUUAUUCAGCCGCCUCUCCAACAAAAACUUCCAGCUUCUUCAGCAACAUCAAUGAACAUGAGUGAGAAUGGAUUUCAAAACCAAAAUGAUAUUAAGUAUCCUACUGUGCCUUGUACUGGUGAUUGGUCAAAUAGUUCAGCUGUUACUUCUUCUGUCUUAGGACAACCAACUGAGCUUGCUCAAUCCCUUUCUAUACCUUGGACUGGGAAUGGACUGAAUAGUUCAGCUGUUACAUCUUCUGCCUUAGGACAACCAACUCAGCUAACACAAUCCUUUUCUAUACCUUGGGCUGGAGAUGGACUGAAUAGUAUAGCUGUUACAUCUUCUGCCUUGGGACAACCAACUCAGCU